AUGCUCUUCAUCUUCUUAUUCGCCUACGUCCUCCUCUCGGCACGUCCUCUUGAGAUGUUCUACGGGAUCGACCACAACGUGCAGCCGCGGCAGGACCUUUCGCCGUACUUGGAAAGGUCCGUCCAAGACGGCAAGAUCAUGCGACUGCAGCUGGAUUUGUUGAAGCGAAACGAAGCUGCACAUGCGGAUGCGAGGGAGCAUUUCCCGGUUUUUGCGGGGGGUGUCCUUUUUGCCAGUGUGACGCGGGUAGCCAAUGAGAAAAUCAAUGCGGCUUGUCUUGUUUAUGGAGUGGCGAGGGCGAUAUACGCUGUUGCCUAUCUAUCUAGUUGUGCAUAG